AUGCGAACGCUCUCGCAGCUCAAGGGCCUUUGCCUGCACCGCAACUGCCUUACGUCGGUGCCGCUGUCGCUGCUCGCUCUAACGUCCCUGGAAGAGCUCUACUUGGACAACAACCAGAUUGAAAGUCUCCCGGACGGGAUCGGCCAGCUCGUGCAUCUCCGAGAGCUCGACAUGCCGGGCAAUCGGCUCAAGGGCCUGCCGAAAUCGUUCGUGCAGCUCACAAAGCUCGAGAUUCUGCACCUGGAAGGCAACUGCCUCGAGACGCUGCCGAAAGGGCUCGGCGGUCUCGUCGCGCUGCGCAAGAUCUACUUGCAAGACAAUGCGAUCACAAAGCUCCACGCGUCGCUCGGUCGCUGCACCAAGAUGGAAGUCAUCAACAUGGAACACAACAAACUCACCAAGGUCGCCAAGCGCAUUGGCGACCUUCCGAAGCUCAAGCACCUCUUGCUUGCAAACAACAACAUUGAGACGCUGCCGUUCAACCCGUACGAGAAGGCGCCCGGCCUCCGACGACUCACGCUCAGCGGUAACAAGCUCGCGCCCGACAUCCUCAAGCUCGAGCACCACGUGCCUUUGGACGCGGCGAUUGCAGAAGGCGACGACGAGGGAUGA